AUGGUGGUUUUUGGUUUCUCGGGAGCCUUUAAGGCUUGCGUGCUUCUUGCAUCCUUGCAUUCGGCUGUUGCUGCUGCUGCGAAUGAUAGACCGCUCUAUGUCAGGGCGGAUAAGAACUGGGGACACAACAGCAAGGCCGACACAGCCCACAUCAUCCGCGAAAACCAUCUCGAGAAAUGGUGUUCAACCUGGCUCGGACACCCGUCGAAGCUGGCACCAGUAACGGUCUUGGUGACCUCUACGAAGACACAGAAGGUCCACACUACGGAGAUUGUGACGAAGACUUUCACCAUCACGAAGGGGACUACUACUGUGACGACGGAUGUUACGGUGACGAAUGAUGCUACGGAUAGGGUCGUGGGGACGGACUAUGUGACGGAGACGGACCUAGGGUAUGCUACGGAUGUUGCAACGACGACUGUUACUAGUGUAGUGGGGACGUCGACUGUUACGAGUGUGGCAGCGAUGGAGACGGUUGUGACUGUUACUGGGGAGUCGACUGUUGUGGUUACUGCUACCGUGACCGACUCUACCACGGUGACAUCAACAUCCACAUUCUUCGUCACCCCGACCCUCGGCCUCCGCGCUGUACCAGCAAAGCAGCGCCGAAACCACCGCCGCCGGGUCCCUGACUGCCUCGAACACUCUAGCGACGACCGCAUCAGCGAAGGCUGCUUCUCCGUCAUCGGCGGACCCAAAGCAGGGCACACAAUCACCAAGGUCAUCGCAACCACCAAUAUCACAAGCACGCACUCCAAGACCCACACCAGCUUCGGCGGCCAUGUCGUCAUCCCUAAGGAAACCGUGACUGUGACAUCCACCAUCACACAGCAGGCCACAAACAACAUCACCGCAACGCUCACCACCAUCCUCACCACCACCGCCACACUCUCUUCCACAACCUCCACCACCGCCCCCUCCACCGUCCUCACCACCGAGCUCACCACCUCCACCACCCUCCUCCCCACCAUCACCACCACCACCACAACCACCACCACCACCUCCACCCCAACCACCACAGUAACCGUAACAUCCACCCGCUGCCCCGCGCCCCCCGAAUCCCGCAUCGUCGGCACCGACGGCGUCCAAGUCCCCGACAACAAUGCCCCGGGAAUGCUGCAGUUCCCCGACGUCAAGGGCAGCGAGGAGUGCUGUCUUGCCUGCUGGGGGCCGAACAGAGUCGAGGGGUGCUCGGCAUGGGCGUCGGGGACGAAUUAUUGCUUCUUGAUUGCGGCGGUGGCGGGGCCGGGACCGACGGAUGUGUGUCCGGCGGGAUUGGGGGGCGGGGUGUUGUAUUUCUCGCCGGGGAGGACGGAUGCGGUGGGCGGGCCGGGGCCGUGUGCGGGGGCGAGCUUUAGGACGUUGGAAUAG